AAUACGAAAAAUUUAAAUCCAACAAGGCGAACUGGUCUUACUGUUAUUGUACGUGUGUGUGAUUGUUUGUUGAAAGUUAUUUACUGUACGACAGUAGUGAAAAAAUGGCACCCAAGAAAAAUGGUAAUCAGAAUAUUAAGGUGGCGGUACGAUGCAGGCCUUUGACAUCACAAGAAAAAAAGUCUGGUUCACAUGCUGUUGUGAACAUUUCUCCGGAAAAAAAAGAAGUGAGCGUGCGCGAAAAGAUGGGCAUAGUAACGCAGAUGAAAACAUUUGGAUUUGACUAUGUAUUUCCUCCGGAUGCCAAGCAGAUCGACAUAUACAAAGCAGUGGUUAUCCCAAUUAUUGACGAGGUGCUGCUUGGUUACAAUUGUACCAUUUUUGCCUAUGGACAAACAGGGACGGGAAAGACCUUCACAAUGGAAGGCGAGCGGAGUGAAGAUGUGAACUGUAGUUGGGAAGAUGAUCCGCUGGCUGGUGUCAUUCCAAGAAGUAUGAAUCACAUUUUUGAUGAGUUGAAGAAGCAGGAUGUUGAAUUUUCCAUCCGAGUUUCUUUUAUUGAAUUGUACAAUGAAGAAUUAUUUGAUCUACUGGGGAAUACUAGUAACUUAAGGAUGUUUGAAGACCCAAAACGACAAGGGUCUCUUAUUAUCCAUGGAAUGGAAGAAAUUACAGUCAACUUCAAAGACGAGAUUUAUCAAGUUCUUGAGCGUGGAGCCUCUCGCAGACAGACUGCUUCUACUUUGAUGAAUGCUACUUCCAGUCGUUCCCAUUCAGUGUUUAGUGUGACCAUCCAUACAAAAGAUACAACAAUAACCGGUGAAGAGUUGUUAAAGACAGGCAAACUGUAUUUGGUUGAUCUGGCCGGCAGCGAAAACAUAGGACGUUCUGGAGCUGUAGACAAACGUGCUCGGGAAGCAGGUAACAUCAACCAGAGUCUGUUAACCCUUGGACGAGUCAUUACUGCCCUUGUAGAACAUGCUCCUCAUGUUCCUUACAGAGAGAGCAAACUAACAAGACUGCUGCAAGAUUCUUUGGGGGGUAAAACAAAAACGUGCAUCAUAGCUACUAUAGCACCGUCCCUCUGUAACGUUGAGGAAACUCUAAGCACAUUGGACUAUGCCCAUAGGGCCAAAAACAUUCAGAACAGGCCUGAGAUUAAUCAGAAACUAACAAAGAAAGCUCUUCUUAAAGAAUACACCAAUGAGAUUGAAACGCUAAAGAAAGAUUUGCUUGCAGCUCGGGAGAAAAACGGCAUAUUCUUGGCUGAAGAAAACUACAAUUCCAUGGUUACAAAAAUUGCUCAGCAAGAAACAAUGACGAAAGAAAUGGAAGAUCGAAUUACAGCAUUGAUAGAAGAGAAAGACAAAAUACAAGAGCUAUUUGAGAAGGUUGAUCGCCAAUUGGAAGAUACAACAGAAACCUUGAGUGUCACACAGAGCCAAUUAAGUGAUACCAUGCGCAACCUUACGAACAAAACUAAUGAAUGUGACGAACAGAAGUUCCUGGUGACGGAACACGCGAAGACUGAAUCUGAGCUCUAUUCUCGUGCUGAGAAGCUGUUAUCCACAGCAGAUGACUCCACAUCGGAUGUGUAUGGCCUACACGCGAAGCUGGACCGCAAGAAGGCGGUGGAGAGCUGCAACAACAAACAAAUGACAGACUUCCAGCAAAAGUUCCAAGCUUCUCUUGAAGGCAUGCAUCAUAUAACUAAUGAUAUGAUGGGUUUUGUAUCUAAAUUCCAUGAUAACAACACUGCUCAGCUGAAUGGUCUACAAGAAGUUCUGGCAACCCAUUCUGGCAGCAUGUUAAAGUCCUGGUCCAAUGUAGUAGAGAAUGUAAAGAAGCACACAGACCAAAUGAAAUCUAAUAAACGGAACGAGUUUGAAGAGACAAACACCUUUUUGAAUGAGACUACCACAGAAGUCACAAACAUGCAGGAAAACAGCGUUGACCACUUGAAAGCUAUUGAUUCCGAACUAGUGUCCAGUCUGCAGUCACAGAUGAAUGCUCUCCAGUCGAUACAGACACUGAGGUUGCAGGUUAAGCAGCAGUUGGAGAAGCAGAAAUCUGAAUUUGAGCAAUUCAUGCAGCAGCUGUCUAAAGGAUUAACAGCACAACUGUCUUCACUCUCAGCACUUGUCACUGACCACGUUAACUGGCAGCAGGACCAGACUCAACAGAUGCAACAGAAUAUCGAAGAAUCCAAUUCCUGUAAUUCGAAUCUUGAAAAAUACUUAACUCAGGCAAUGGAUUGUAUCAAGUUGGCACAGAAAGAACGAGAGAAUUCUUCAGGUGUGAAUGAAAGAAUUGGCAAGCUAGUCACUGCUCAGAAGGAGAACAAGAAGUUCGAGAAUCUACAAAGUGAAAUAAAAACAAGCCAGGAAUAUAUUGGCCAACAAUCAGAUAAGGUUUUGGAACAUGCCAAACUUGGAAUUGAUUCCUGUAUUGAAACUGUGCAAAAGGUUGAAAAUGAAGUUGAUGAUGCUCAACAGAAGUGUACCGCAACAAAAACUGCAUUUAACGAGCACUUCCAGAAAGCCACACAGAACUGGGAUAAUUGUUUGUCAAUUGUUACUGAGAAACUGAAUUCUUAUCAAACAGACGCUAAUACCAGCAUAAAUAUUUUGAUAAACCAAACAGAGAAAUUAGACUCACUAACUGUGUCUGCCAUGGAGAAAGCCACUACUUUAACAGAGAGAUCUAAUGAGUCAACAUCAACACAUCUGAACAGUCUACUCGAAUGUGGAAAAUCUCAGUUUGAUAACAUGUCACAAGAUGUUGAAUUAUUGAAAGUAAAGUUGACCUCUCAACAAAAUGAUGUGGAUGGUUUCAUUGCUGAGUUUGCUCAGGAUUUACCUACAGGUGAAACACCAAAACGUCGUCAGUUUAGUUAUCCAAAUGAUUUACCUCAAACUGAAGAUCAUGAUGAAUUAAUUACACAAUACAGGAAGAGCAGGAAAGAUCAGUUUUUGGUAGAAAGAAACAGUGUGGAAAGCACACCUGUAAAAGCUUCACAGGUCAAUAUUGAUGCGGAGAAUUCUGACAAUGCUAGUGAAGCUAGCUUCAGCUCGACCAAUUCCGAUAUCAGCAAAAUUUUGGAAUCUAAAGAGAACCGGCCCCAGAUGCCACCUCCACUUUCAGCGAAGAAAGGGAAGCGUUCAGUGAAAAGAACCGACUCAAGUGGUUCCCGCAGUCGGGUGCCUCUUCGAAUGAAUAACCAGUGAUUCGAUGUGGAAUUAGGAUUUUGUGGGAAUUAGGUUUUUUUAAUCGUUAGGAGCAGGCAGUGGAUAAAAACGUAGUUAAGGAAAAUCUAGAGAUGAAUUUUUAAUCUUUAUUAAAAAUUUAUUUAUUUUUUUGCAAAGGAUCUUUCUCACUGUAAAAUGGAGAUGGUGGGAGGUGGGUGAAAAAAAAAGGAAAAAGCAAGGAAAAGUUCUUGAUAAGUCUACAGUGUUGUCAGAUUUAAUUAAAUCUUUUUUUUUUUUCUCCCAGCUGCAUCUCACCAUAAUAUUGUCAUCUGCUGUAAAGGACGGUUCUGUUUACUUUCCAAACACACUGGCUCAAUAAAUGUAGAAUAAGGGGGAGAUACAAAUAGUAGAAAGAAACAAACCAGUGUUGGUCUAUUUCUUUAUUGACUGUUGUUACAAAAUUUUUUUUUUUUUUUUUUGUGUUUUGAAUUGUUUUGUUUCUGCUUUGCUUAUCCCUCAUGGCACAACUUGGAUUUGCUCUUUGCAUUUAUUUCUGAAUCAGUGCUUUUUUUUUUUUUUUUUUUUUUUUGUUAUUAGUGAGGGUAAGGAAAGAAUACACACACUGCCAGUUCUAAUUUUAAAAUGAAACGGGGAAUUAAAAAUAAUAAAUGAACAGGAACCAGAGUUAUUUACAAACAAGAACUGCAUGAGCUGAUUUUAACUUGGGCAGAAAAUACUCUGCUGUUUUUAUUUUAAAAAAUGUUUAAUUACAUUGUAUAUGUACAUUUUCAAUUUUACAUUUCAUAUUUUGCUGUAUAAAUCAUUACCAUUUGAUGUCUAUUUCUCUCUCUCUCUCUCUCUCUCUGUCGUUCUGUUUGUCUGUCUUUUUUGCUCUCACCUUCUUUUUGUCCUUCUUGCAUUCACUUUUCUACAUUAACCUCUCUCACAUACACUUUCUUUCUCCCACAUGCUCUCUCUCUCUCUCUCUCUCUCAUGCUUUCUCUUGCUCUCAGCUUCUUAAAAACUUCUUUCCACAUACAUUGCAAACACAUUUUCCAUAUAUUUCUACUUCUCCCUUCUCUUCAUUUACUGUUACUACUACUACUACUACUUUCUUUAAAUUCUGUUUUUCUAUCCCUUUUUUCCAUUCCAUUCAUUCAAUAAAUCUCCACUUCAACAUAUUGUAUUUUAUAUCUACACACACACACACAUGUACAUGUAUAUAUAUUAUGCACAUACUGUUAUAUAUACUCAUCUACACACAUUAUUUCUCAUCUCCUCUGACUUAUCUUAAUAAAUCACAAGCGAUAUUUUCUUUGUUAGCAAUUGUUUUCUUCCCAUUUAUUGUAAUAAUACACUUCAAAAUCUCCAUUAAUUGUUCUGACCUCUCUAGGUCACUAUCAAUAUGAAUUUAACAACUAAAGCACUGAGCCGGCAGAUUUGUUAGCAAGCCAGGUAGAAUGCUUUAGCAACAUCACAUCUGUCUUUAUAUUCUGAGUUCAAAUUCUGCUGAGGUCGACUUUGCCUUUUGUCCUUUCAAGGUUGAUAAAGUAAGUACCAGUUGAACACUGGUGGUCGAUGUAAUUGACUUAUCCUUCCCUUGAAAUUACUGGCCUUGUGCCAAAAUUUGAAAACUACUCGUUAGUUAACCAAAAUUGUCAGGUCAUUUGGAGAAGGAAUGAACAUUGCCACAUUACAAUUCAUUUUUUCUAUAAGCUGAGAUAUUAUAUUUAAUUGUUGGAGAAGAUGAAAUAAAAUGAAAAA